AUGGCGCCUUUUCAUAUCAUUAUCGUGGGUGGUGGCAUCGCAGGUUUCACGGCUGCCAUUGCCCUCCGUGGACCCAAUAGACAUAUCACGAUUCUCGAACAGUCAAGCUUGAACAAAGAGAUUGGUGCUUUGAUUUCUUUGCAACCAAAUGCCUCGAGAAUCAUGAAGUCCAAGUGGGAUUUGAGCCAGGAGCUUUCGGAGGCGCAACAAAUGGUGGAUGAAGGGUUCCGGAUAUACAACACAGACGGACAUUUGGUCAACACUAUACCCCUGAUGACAAAGGAAAAGUAUAGGGCGGAACGCCUCUUGUUUCAUCGCAGAGAUCUUCAUGAGGCAUUGAAACGUGCAGCUGUCUCACCCACGCGGGCAGGAGAUCCAGCCACUGUGCGAGUCACGUCGAGAGUUGUGGACUGUGAUGCCUCCAAAGGAACAGUGACUUUGGAUGGUGGUGAGAUAGUCAAGGGUGACUUGAUUAUUGGUGCAGAUGGAAUGUAA